AUGGAAACACCCGUGGCCAGGCGUUGCAGAACGAUCAAAAACAUUAUCAUUGUGUUAUCGGGCAAGGGCGGUGUCGGCAAAUCUUCCGUUUCAACUCAGCUCGCUUUGAGCCUCUAUAGAUCCUCAAGCUUAACGAAAGUAGGACUUCUUGAUGUAGACCUGACAGGACCUUCAAUUCCUCGUAUGCUGGGCUUAGACGGCCAACCUGUUCAUCAAAGCAGUGAUGGUUGGGUUCCAGUGUUUGCUGAUGGGAGCGAGGCACGGAUGGCUGCCAUGAGUGUAGGAUUUCUCCUCAAGAAGAAGGGAGAUUCGGUUGUUUGGAGAGGGCCAAAGAAGAAUGGGAUGAUCAGGCAAUUUUUGAGUGACGUGAGAUGGGGAGAGCUGGAUUACCUUGUGAUAGAUACACCCCCGGGUACCUCUGACGAACAUUUGUCGUUACUCGAGCACCUUGCGCCAGUUCACUCGAAACUCUCUGCCGUAAUCGUCACCACACCACAAGCCGUAGCCCUUACAGAUGCCAUGAAAUGUCUCUCAUUUUCCAAGGCUGUCAACCUUCCAAUUCUGGGUUUGAUUGAAAAUAUGAGCGGUUAUGUGUGCCCAUGUUGCGGGGAAGUCAGCAAUGUCUUCUCCACCGGAGGCGGAAAAGCCAUGGCUCAACGAGAGCAACUAACCUUUCUUGGGAGUCUGCCGGUCGACACAGAGUUGGUCAGUCUUUUAGAUGAUGCGGAUACUACUGGGAAAUCUGUGGAGACCUCGGAGCAGAACCCUACAGAAUCUUCGUCAUCGUUCAAGCUUCUUCGACUGUACAAAGCCACUCCUUCUGCAGACUUAUUUGCAGAUAUCCUCGCAAAGCUGCUCAACUCAAUCGAAGGGCUUGCGAAAGCGAAGGGACAAGCUUCUUAG